AUGAUGGAGCCUACAUCCUCCUACUUUUCUGGAUACUGUAUGUGCUUGAUUCUCUUGCAAAUGAUGACAUUAACUUCAGAGAAGUUGAUGGUGACUGUUCCCAAGGGGCACUUGGUGGCUAGAGUAGGAGGACAGGCUGCUCUCAGCUGCCAGUUGUCCCCACCACAAAGUGCAGAGCACAUGGAGGUGCUCUGGUUCAAGGGUGACAAUUCCCAGUUUGUUUACCUAUACAGAGGCGGUCAUGAAGUAAAUGGAGAAGCUGCCCCUGAAUAUGUAAAUCGUACAGAGUUUGUGAAAGAGGCCAUGGGGGAGGGUAAAGUGACCCUCAAAAUUCAUAAUGUCAGCAUUUCUGAUGGUGGACCAUACAGGUGUUCAUUUAAAGAUACUGACUUCAGUGAUGCAGCCGGCAUGAACCUAAGCGUGGCAGCACUUGGCUUGGAGACACAGAUUCAUGUCCAGGUUCCUGUUAGUGAUGGACUCGUGGUGGAGUGUAACUCGGGAGGGUGGUUUCCACAGCCCCAAAUGGAGUGGAGAAACAGCAGGGGAGAGGUCAUUCCACAUUCAUCAAAAUCCUACUCACAGGAUGGAGCUAGAUUGUUCCACAUGAAGAUGACUCUUCUCCUCAGAAACCGGUCAGAGAGCAUUAUGUGCUAUGUUUGCAACCCUGUAACAGGGGAAGAGAAACGAACAAGUAUCAUCCUAGCAAUCUCUAUUUCAGAUCCUUUGUUUUCUUUGUAUAAUAGCUGGAUGACAGAUGUAAUAAUUGGAGUAGCUCUCCUGACAGUAUUUUUCACCAUACUAAUUGGAUACCUAAUAUGGAGUCUAAGAGUCUCUAAGGGAAGGCACAAGCUAUCCAUGAGGGCAGAAGAGUCCUGGACCUAUCCUAAGGUGGUCCGCCUCCUUCGUCACCGCCCACAGCACCGCCUCCUGGCUGAUCGUCAGGAGCCAUCCCAGCCACAUGUGGAGUUGUCUAUUCCUGGCUUAAGUCUCUGUGCUCAGGGUGGUGGAGGUAGCCAGUGUGAGAGGACUUGA